AUGCCUCGUGCUCCAAGAACCUACUCCAAGACUUACUCUGUCCCAAAGCAACCAUACGAGUCUGCUCGUUUGGACGCUGAGUUGAAGUUGGCCGGUGAAUUCGGUUUGAAGAACAAGAGAGAAAUCUACAGAAUCAACUUCCAAUUGUCCAAGAUUAGAAGAGCUGCUCGUGAGUUGUUGACCAGAGAUGACAAGGACGAGAAGAGAUUGUUCGAGGGUAACGCUUUGAUCAGAAGAUUGGUUAGAGUUGGUGUUUUGCCAGAGGACAAGAUGAAGUUGGAUUACGUUUUGGCCUUGAGACCAGAGGACUUUUUGGAGAGAAGAUUGCAAACCCAAGUUUUUAAGUUGGGCUUGGCUAGAUCUAUUCACCACGCUAGAGUCUUGAUCUCUCAAAAGCACAUUGCUGUUGGUAAGCAAAUUGUCAACAUUCCAUCUUUCAUGGUGAGAUUGGACUCUCAAAAGCACAUUGACUUCGCUCCAAACUCCCCAUACGGUGGUGGCAGAGCUGGUAGAGUCAAGAGAAAGAACCAAGGUAAGGGUGAGGAUGCCGAGGAGGCUGACGAUAAAGAUAUGUCCGAAAAGGCUGAAUCUGAAAAGUACUGGGUCCUCGUCCCAGGCGGCACUACAGACUGA